GCAAGGAACGACAACUCUGCGUGGAGAUUGGUUAGUGCUGUCAACGGGUAUCAAGGGCGCAUGCGCAGAAAAUCAACAUGGCUGCCGCAAACUGACUCGUGACUUGGUUUUUGAGGAGAUUUUCGAGACACAAAGCAGGAUGUGGAGGCUGUGCCAAUAUCCCCGACCGCAGCGGUACAUUAGGGUUGCAGUGUCGGUUCAAAACAAGAUGAGGUGCCAAAGCCCCAGAUAAAUGACGCUUUCAAGUACAUGACUGACACAAAGCAGGAUGUGGAGGCUGUGCCAAUAUCCCCGACCGCAGCGGUACACCAGGGUUGCAGUGUCGGUUCCAAACAAGAUGAGGUGUCAAAGCCCCAGAUAAAUGACGCUUUCAAGCACAUCACUGAUGGCGUGCAGGAAGAUGUGAAGGCUGUGCCAACAUCCCCGACCAGUGCGGUACAGCAGGGUUGCAGUGUCGGUUCAAAACCAAAUGAGGUGUCAAAGCCCCAGAUAAAUGACGCUUUCAAGCACAUGACUGACACAAAGCAGGAUGUGGAGGCUGUGCCAAUAUCCCCGACCGCAGCGGUACACCAGGGUUGCAGUGUCGGUUCAAAACAAGAUGAGGUGUCAAAGCCCCAGAUAAAUGACGCUUUCAAGAACAUGACUGACACAAAGCAGGAUGUGGAAGCUGUGCCAAUAUCCCCGACCGCAGCGUUACAUCAGGGUUGCAGUGUCGGUUCAAAACAAGAUGAGGUGUCAAAGCCCCAGAUAAAUGACGCUUUCAAGCACAUGACUGUACCACAACAAGACGUCUACGAACAGUUUGCUGAGAAUUUACUAGCAUCAGUUUUCCCACAAGGCCUGGCUGCAGCCUCCAAGCACGUUCAUGACAGAGACUCAAGCACAGCUACAGGAGAAGUAGUGAAGCUUACAGAAGAUCAGCACAGGCUACUUAAAACUUUGUUCAAAACAAAUAUAGCAAUAAGAAGGGAACUACAGAAAGAUGAGUGUGAAAAGGUUUCUAGGAAACAUGAAGCUCUUCAGGACCUCACCUGGAAAAAAAAUUAAGAACACUGUCCAUAAUUGGAUAAUGGCUGAGAAACGGAAAACAUAAAGAUAUUAACAUUCAGAAUGUAAGGCUCAUUUACUGAAAUGGAUCAUCAUUAUGUGACUGAAUUACUGUAAAGGAUAAGCACUAUUAGACUAAUUGUUAAUCAUUAUGUGAUUGAAUUGUUGUAAAGAAUGAAUACUGUAAGGCUUAUUAUCCCCCGCCAUAGGCGGAGGGAUAUUGUUUUGGCGUUUUCCGUCCGUCUGUCUGUCUGGCACUUUUGUGUCCGGAGCCAUACUUUGGAACUGCUUCGGCGGAUUUCAUUGAAACUUGGUAUGAGUAUAUAUAUGGAUAAGAGGAUGAUGCACGCCAAAUGGUAUUGUACACCAUCUGUUAAUAACGGAGUUAUGGUUCUUGUAUCUUGAAAAAAUGCUUUUUAAUAUAUGCUUAGAGAUUUAUUUCCAUUAACACGUGAGCCAGAGCCACGAAACUUGCCAUGGGUGUUCUCAAUCGUCUGGGGGUGCUUCACAUUCAACACCCAUAAUCCUAGGGGCUAAGGUCAAGGUCACACAUUGAGGUCAAAGGUCACAAAUUUGUUGAAUUCUUCAUUAUUUAGUUAUUCCUUUACUAUGCAUCAAGGUAUUCACAUCAAGGGUCAAGGUUACACAAAUACUUCAUGUAAGGUCGUACGCUAAACCCCUAAACUGACCAGCAUUUUUUCCAUAAUUAUGUAUACAUCUUUGUACUUAGAAAUUACAGGUUAGAGAUUUUGUGCUCCAUCAAGGGAGAGCAUAUAGUCGCUGACUUGUAUGUCCUUCUCUCAUAAUUAUAUUGCGCCAAAGGCGGAGGGAUAUCAAAUUGAUGUUGUCCAUCUGUCCAUCUGUCAGUAUGUUCAUCCGUCUGAUUUGCACCCAUCUUUGAACAAAAUGUAUGUGGCGGGGGAUAUCAAUUCAACGAAUUUGCUUGAUCAUCAUUUUAAGAUUGAUCAUCUGUAAAGGAUAAACAUUGUAAGGCUAAUUGAUCAUCAUUAUGUGAUCGUCAAUGAUUAUAUGUGCAGUGAUUGAAUUACUGCAGAGUGUGAGCAAUGUUAAGCUAAUUGAUCAUCAAUGAGUACUGUGAGGCUACUUUUAAUCCUCAUUAUGUGACUGAAUUACUGCAGAGGAAAGGCACUUUUAUGCUAAUUGAUCGUCAAUGAUUAUAUGUACAGUGAUUGAAUUACUGCACAGUAUGACCACUAUUGGGUUUAUUGGCCAUCAUUAUAUAAUUGUCGUGUGAUUGGAUUGCUGUAGAGAUUGAGCACUGUUAAGGUGAUUGACCAUCAAUAUAUGACAAAAAUACUAUAGAGAAACAACACUGUCUGGAUAAUUAAUCAUCAUUUUAUGAAAGAAAUACUGUAAAUACUUAUAAAACAGUUCAGUAUGAGCUUAUUUCAUGGAGUAGUAAUUCUUUUUAGGUGUUUUUUUGUUAUUUCAAACAAGGUUUAACAAUGUUCUAGUUAUUAUUUGAGUAACUUGUUAUAAUUGUUUAAGCAAUUCUGAAAAAGUUCAUUAAAUUUUUAUUUUAAAAGAUAAAUCUAGACAGAUCAUGUUUAUUAUAUAUGUUUAUUAGCUUACCUUAUAUUAUAUAUCAUACAAUUAACACUUUAGAAUUUUUGCUCAUGCCUUUUUGCCUUAUUUUAUAUUUCUGAGCAAUUCUGAUACUAAAACUUUGUUGGUUUCCUAAAAUGUGCUCACAUUGGUGUUUAUAUCCCUUUGGCAAACAUUUGAGCUGGAAAAUGUUCGAAUUUAAAUAACUUUUUUAUUACCAAUAGGAAUUAAUCUCUCGUAAGGGAUUUAUUGAAUGACUGCACUGAUAUAAAUAUUGCCAUAACCAUUAUCAAAUAAUGUUGGAUAUAACACUGAGAAACUUGUGGCUGCAUGUUAACUUGAAAGAAUGCUGUGGUGUCUUUAGGUCUUUUAUGUAGUACCACAUGUUGUUUGACGGAUUCAAUGCCAGAGUUCAAAACAGAUUUUCUACUUACAUUUUCUCAGUUUAUCAUUGACCUCCAGUAAAGGACCUUUCUCCAUGACUGCGCUCAUAUAAAAUUCUGCCAAGCUCCAGCAGGAGGGGUGGUUUUCACUCCUGGUGUUAAUUUUGGCCCAAUCUUAAUGAAACUUGGUCAUAAUGUUACUAUUGAUGAGUUCCGCAUUGGGUUGUUUUGAGAAAAAAAUAGGUCACUGGGUCAAUUUAUAGAAAAACCUUGUUAACACUCGAAAAGUUCUCAGUUUGGUCCCAAUCUUGCUGAAACUUGGUCAUAAUGUUACCCUCUAAAAUCUUAGACAAGGUUGUUAUUGGAUUGUCCAAACUAAACUAGGUGUUACUAGCUUGAAGACAAGAAGUUGGGGAGUAAUGGUCCCUUUUCCACUUAGAAAUACAUGUAUCAUGAUUUUCGAAAAAAAAAUCAUUUCAGUCCAGGUUUUCUUGUUAACCAUGCACACUAUUGGGAAUAGUUGUUUACCAUCAUGGCCUUCACCUUUUAUUGACAAGUUCUCUUUCUACUGACAAGCACUUCGAAUAGUAGAGGGCGAUGAGACAGUUCUUAUUGCAUAAUUAUUAAUAUGCAAGUAAGCUAUAGAAAAACAGCUGUUUUUUUUGUUCCUCAUGUUUAAAUACUUCCUUACAAAUAGUUAAUUAAUUUUUGUUACUCGUGUUAAAAUACUUCCUAAUAAUAAAAGAUACGAACUCUU